AUGCUUAUCCAACUACACAACCAGAGGUGGUCAUUGAUCGUAAGACCUCCUCCUCUGGUAAGUCGGUGAAGGUGGUUAGAAAGGUGUCACGAAGUGUCAAAAAUGGAGAGGUUAUGGAAUCAACAGUUGUUCAAGAGGUUUAUGAUGAUGGUACACCCUCCAAGACUCUUGAGGAAACAAUCAAACCAAUCACAGAGCCAAGUGCGACCCCGGAGACUCAACCUACCACCCAACCAGAGGUCACAAUAGUCAGAAAGACCUCGUCGUCGGGUAAUUCCGUUAAAGUCGUGCGAAAGGUGUCCAGGACGAUCAAAAAUGGACAAGCUAUGGAGUCAGUUGUGUUCCAAGAGGUUUACGAUGAUGGAACUCCAGCAAAGACCAUAGAAGAGACCAUUAAACCAGUGGCGCAAGAACCGGAGGUUGAGGAACCAACUGAGGGUAUGGAAGUUCAACCAACCACAGAACCAGAGGUGACCGUAGAAAGAAAGAUUUUCUCCUCUGGUAAAUCGAUGAAGGUGAUUAGGAAAGUUUCAAGGACUGUCAAAGACGGUCAGGUAGUGGAGUCGACAACCGUUGACGAGGUAUAUGACGAUGGAACGCCCACAAAAACAACCACUGAAGAAAGCACGGUUGAAGUGCCUCAAACAGGUGUUGAGAUGUCUGCCUCCAAGAGUAGCAAAACCGAGACCAAAGUGAGGGUGAAGAAAACUAUCAAGAAGUCGGCAAAGGGCCCAGAAGAAGAAAGUACUGAUGCUCCGGUAGAGAUAUCAGAAGUGGAGGAGCCCACCAAGGAAGAAGGACAGCCCUCACAGCCAGUCGAAGAACCCACAAUUGAAGAGCCGGAGGAAGUAGUUGAAAUAAAGCCUGAGGAAGUACUUGAAAUAAAGCCGGAGGAGGUAGAGGACAUCCCAGUGGAAGUACCAAGCCCACAGGAAAUGGCACCGAAGGAGCAAGAUCAAGAAACGACUCAACCAUCGGAAGUGAGUGAGCCAGUAAGCGAGCAACCAAGAAAAGUGUCCAGUGAAAGAAAGGAGUCGAUAAGUGUAAAGGUAGAGAAAAAAUCUAGUAUUUCGCGCGUCGACGAUAAAGCGGAAGAGGAAACCACUAUGAUGGAAACUGAUAAAGAGGCUUCUCCAAUGGUUGAGGAGGCAGCUCCAGUAGAACAACCAGGGAAAUUAGAGGUGAGUCGAGGUGCUGAUGCACCCGGAGUGAAAGAUACUAAAAAUGAACAGACAACAUCCACCACAAAAGUAGUCAAGAAAAAAGUGACAAAAACAGGUAAAAACAUCAACAUUGUUAUUAAGUCGAAUGAAACCAAUGACAGAGCAGUGAAGCAAAACUCUCCUAUUGCCCCAGAACAAGUGCUUUCUCCCACAAGAAUUACUGAGGCAUCAGAUGAUGAGACACCUUACGAGUCUGUGCCAAUAGUGGAAGAACCAGGGAGCUCAUUGUCUCCAAAGGGCUCACUUACAACAUCCGAGGUUGUUGAAUUAGAUGAGGAUGAGGAUGACCAACAAGUUCCAGAUGAGUCAUCAGGAUCUAAACAAAUUCCAAUUCAAAUUGUCGAGGAGAUGCAAGAUGAAGACGCUGUUGGUGAAUAUGAUGAAACUGUCACUGAUGGUGUUACUGAUCUCGACUCAAUCCCCAUUCACACAAUUGAAGCACCGGUUGAACAAAUUCGUGGGGAUAAUACUGAAAUUGAAAACCAAGAGAAGGAAGUGAGGAAAUCGAAGAAGUCCAACCCAGAGGAAGGCACUUCUUCAAAAGAAGAUUUUCCCACAGACAAAGAAGAGGUUGUUACGAAAGAAGUUGGCCCUGAUGGUAAAACUACAAUCACUAAACGCAUAGUAAAGGUUGAAAAAUCGUCUGCGACUUCUGUUGGCUCAGAUGAAAAGCCUCAAUCCAAAACUGUGGUCGAACAACCAGAGGAAGGCACUACUGUAACCCAAGAGAUUAGUGCGGAUGGGACGAUCACGAAAAGAACAGUCAUCAAAAAGACCUCCACGUUCAGCGAUGACUCAACAAGGGUAAGCGUCAUGGAGGAACUUCCCAAGGACGAACCCAUGACAAGCGGUCAAACUACGGAAGUGACUGAGGAAAAAAUCAAAGAUGGCAAGACCAAGAAAAAGAUAAGCAACGUUCGCCAAUCCAGUGAGGCCAAAACAACUGCGAAAAUUCCUGACCAAUCGCCUCCCGAGGUUACUGAAGUAACGGAGCAAAAGCAGCAAGAUGGGUCAGUCAUCGUGACAAAAGUCACCAAGAGUGCCUCAACCAAUGAAGGCGUCGAGACAAUCACCACCACUGAAGUGGUUGAUGACGGCGUUUCAAAGAAGAAGGUCAUUCGAAAAGUCACCAAUCAGCAAGGAGAAAAGCCUGUGGUAGAAGUGACCCAAACCGAGGAACCUAGCAUGUCUCAACCAACGGAACAACAACCUACACCUGUUAAGGAGACACAGGACGAAGCUCAAAAAGCAGUUGCAACUUCCACCCUCCAAAAGAAGUCAAAAGUAGGGAAAAAGAAAGUUUCAUCCAAACCAGAAAUACCCUCAGAUAUGGAAGGAGAUGAGGAACCCCUUACCAAACCACAAGUUGAAGAAAUUGAUGAGGCUCCAGAGGAGAUGAUUAAAACCCCAGUAACUCCCGUGGAAGAAGAGCAACCCACUCCAGUGGUCGAAAUGGAGGAUGAAGUGGUUGAAAGUCCCCUUUCUCCUGGCGUUGAGGACAUGAUUUCUUCCGACGAUCAAACAAUUGAACACACUGAGGAGCCAACACCGAUAGUAGAAGAGCCUCAACCAUUUGAGCCCUCAACUAAAGAAGACAAUACAAAUCAGACAAGGAAAGUCACUGUGACCAAAAAGAAGAUACAAAAAUCCACCGAGAGUGAUGAGACUAUUGAGGCCAAAAUGGAAGAGUCUCAAAAAGAUGACACGCCUAUUCUUGUAGAAGAACAGGGUCAAGUCGUUGAGGCUCAACGAAAAAGCUCUACUUCUAAGGUAAUCUCUAAGAAGGUCACAGUAAAGAAGAAAAAAGUGGAGGACAAAGCUGAAGAGUUGGCUCCUAAAGUUGGACAACCUGAGCCACCAGUCCAAGACAAACCUGAAGCAAAAGAGCCCAUCAAGAAGAAGAUCAUAAAAAAGAAAGUGUCCAUCAUUGAGCCGGAAGAACAAGAAAAACAACCUCAAAAGAAGGUGCCACAAAAGGAGCAUCAGCCUCAAAAAGAGGAACAACAACCUCAAAAAGAGGAACAAGAGCCUCAAGAAGAGGAGCAAAAACCUCAAGUAGAGGAGCAACAACCUCAAGAAGAGGAGGAACAACCUCAAGAAGAGAAGCAACAACCUCAAGUACAGGAUGAACAACCUCAAGUAGAGGAUGAACAACCUCAAGUAGAGGAUGAACAACCCCAGGUAGAGGAUGAACAACCGCAAGUAGAGGAUGAACAACCACAAGUAGAGGAUGAACAACCACAAGUAGAGGAUGAACAACCUAAAGAAGAGGAGCAAAAACCUCAAGCGGAGGAGAAACAACCUCAAGAAGAGGAACAAGAAACUCAAGAAGAGGAACGUCUAAAAGAAGAAGAGAAUAUCACGACGUCAUUACCUUCUCAAAAUAAAAAACCACCUUCUGGAAAAACAGCCUUGAAGCCAGGCACAUCCGAAGCGCCUCAGAAUAAACCAGAGGCUCGAGAGAAGAAAACUGUGACUAAGAAGGUAGUAAAAAAGAAGGUGUCCGUACAGGAAAAGCCCGUGCUUGAGAACCUAGAGGACACUCCAGAAGAUAGCCCCCUUAGCAAAACUUACGACGAGCCUACACAAGAUGCCCCUAUGCCAGACCCAACUGCUAAAAGAGUAUCCACAAAAGUCGAACAGGGCGAUGAACCUCAAGAUGUAACAUCGCCAAAGGAGGAUCAUACCGAAGUUCCGAGUGAAGCAAUGGAGUUGGAUGCACCCCAAGAGAUCCCAAAAGAGAAGCCAAAGGCAUCCUCCAAGGGGCCAAGUCUGUACGAAAAGCCUCAAGUGUACACGGUUGAGGAUGGAGUGAAGUUCCACAUGGUGGUCCGAUACAUAUCGGAGUCCAAAUGCAAAAUCAAAUGGUCCUUCAAAAAUACCACUGUCAAAGAAAGUGCGAAGAUGACAGUGAUCCACGAGAUCACGGAACGCUACAACGAGACGCGAUUAGAAGUCACGAAACCCUCUCCCGAGGAUGGUGGAUUGUACCAAUGUGCCGUUCAAAAUGACAACGGGGAAGUCAACGCCAAUCUAGCACUUAAUGUGGAAACAUUUGCUCCUGAAGUCUUGGAACAACCUAAAAUGAAGGUCAAGAAGACCAAAACCAAGACCAAGAAGAAGAGCGUGAUCAUUGAAGCUGCCGUCGCCGCAGAUGAAAAUACCGAGCUCAAAUGGGUGAAAGGAAACGAGACCGUAGCGUCAACCGAGUCCAAGACCGAAGACGUCAAAUUCACCGUGACCAGGAAGCAAUCGGAAACCAAUCCCAAUGAAGCGGUUGUUCAAUUGGAAAUUGAAGGAGCUGCUCCGGCUGACAUGGGCGACUACCAGCUCGUUGCCACCAAUGAAAAAGGAGAGACGACUAAAUCGAAGAAAAUCAGCGUCUCCGAGCAAUCCAUUGCCUUGGCCCCAGCUGCAAAGGUUGAAACAGCUGAGAGUGAAGCAGCCGACGCUCUGGUCUCGUCUGAAGCGACGGAGGUGAAGAAAAAGAAGAAGAAGGUGGUCAAAAAGAAGAAAAAGAAAGAAGAGGAAGAUGAUGAUACGGUGAAACCGGAAAUUGUUUCCUUCCUUAAGAACUUGAUCAAGCAAGAAAAUGAGCACAUUGAGCUUCAGUGCCGAUUGGACGAGGAGAUGGAUGAGACCAAGGGAACUGUCAAGUGGUUCUUCAAUGACGAGGAACUGACAGAGGGCUCCAAUGUCCUUUUGACAUUUGAUGGAACCUACGCUAAGCUCUUUAUCAGCCAUUGUACGAUUGAAAACAUGGGAACUUACAAAGUGGUGUUUUCAAACCCUAAGGGCGAAGAUGAGACCAGUUGCAAGGUCACUGUCAAGCCGGAUCCUAAGAAACAGGAAAAACAACCAACUCCGCCGCCAGAACCCAAGAAAGAACCCAAGCCGUUCAAAUUGGAGAUCAAAAAGAAGGAGAAGAAGGAACUUCCUCCUGAACCAGAACCAGAAGCCCCGGCUCCAGAGGAGAUGUUCAAGCUCAAGAAAAAGUCUUCUGUGACCCAGAAGAAGACUAGCACUCCUAAGAAAUCCGUGGAAGAAGAGGCACCACCUUUUGCUGGAAUGAAACUUCGAAAGGCUUCUCAAGUGAAGCGAACUUGGGGCGAAGACAAACUAGAAACAGUGGAUUUGAAGCACCACGAGUUUGAACAUUUGCCCCAAGAGGACGAACCCGAGAAGAUGACAACUGUUAUCCUCUCUGAACCCAUUGAAGAUGCUGACAAAGAAAAGGACGAAAAAGAAAAGAAGAAAAAGAAGAAGAAAAAGAAAGUGUCCAAGGUUAGUGACGAUGCCCCAGAAGAACCUGAGGACGAAGAGGAGCCCAUGGCAGUUGAACCAGAGGAAGAACCUAUGGUUGAGGAACCAGCUCCGCAGAAGGAACCGUCUCCUGAAGUUGAAGAACCUCGGCCAGUUGAGCCAGAAGAGGUUCCACCUGAGGAGGUAAAGUUCAAAAAGUCGGUCAAAUUUGACCUCAAUCCCAAAAUAAAGACUUUAGGCGACUCAAACGCCAUCGAGACUAGACAUGACCAAAGAAAGACCAAACGUGUUGUGAAGGUCAUCCGCUAAAGAUCCAAAGAUGGGCUGUCUACUGAGGAGACUUAUGAAAGCACUGAGGAACAAGACGCCUCGGGUCCGGAGGAUGAAGCGACAAACUCCCAGGAUCUGGUUAACUUACAUCAGG